AGAACCUGUAGCUGCAGGAGGGGAGAAAAGCGAGGAGGAGAGAAAUGCCCUUUUCCUGGAGACUGUUCGGGAAAACCGUAUGCUUAUGAUUGCUCAUUUAGAAAGUGGAUGUGCGGGAUAACAUGUCCAGUGCGUCCGAGGAGAGAAGGAAAAGGCAGCAGGACAUUAAGGAAGGACUGCGGUUUAUACAGUCACCGCUGUCAUAUCCAGGAACACAGGAACAAUAUGCGGUAUAUCUGCAUGCACUUGUGAGAAAUCUUUUUAAUGAAGGAAAUGAUGUUUAUCAUGAACAAGAUUGGAAGAGUUCGAUAAGCCAGUACACGGAAGCUUUAAAUAUCGCUGAUUAUGCAAAGUCUGAAGAAAUUUUAAUUCCUAAAGAAAUCAUUGAAAAACUAUAUAUAAAUCGUAUUGCCUGCUAUUCUAAUAUGGUGAGUUGUGAUAAAAAACAAUGUUUCAAGAGAGAAAUUUUUUUUCGGUGACAUAGUAGAUUAAUAAAAAGUCAGUUUCCUAAUUUCAGUUUUAAAGAAAGGCAUGUUAACUGCUUCUAAGGUGACCUGAGGCUUUUAAAAAUCACCUUU